UCCCCCCCUCCCCUAAAGUGAGGAGGAAAGCUGGGAAGAGAAGGGCUGAUCACGUGUCUACGGAGGCGGUGCGGCGUUGCGCGGCGGGCGGGUGGUAAGGCUCCCGCAAAAUUAAAAGGAAGUGCGCAGGCGCAGAGCCUGGUCUGCAGCCAACACGCGCCUGUGCAGGACCUGCAGCCGUAAAGGACUUCUCUAUACACGCCCUCGUGUGCGGAGCCGUAAAGCGCGUCCCCGCUCACCGGCUGAGGAGGUGGGUCGGCGGGAGAGUGCAGCACUCCGGGCUCCGCUCAGACCAGGCUUAGCGGAGGGACCGAGGAGGCCGCCGUCGCCUGUGGACCUUCCCCCGUGAGAGACUCGUGCCGAGCCGCUGUGAACGCCAUCAUGUUUAAGAAAUUUGACGAGAAGGAGAACGUGUCCAACUGCAUCCAGCUGAAGACGUCGGUCAUCAAAGGCAUCAAGAACCAGCUGCUGGAGCAGUUCCCGGGCAUCGAGCCGUGGCUGAACCAGAUCAUGCCCAAGAAGGACCCGGUGAAGAUCGUGCGCUGCCACGAGCACAUCGAGAUCCUGACGGUCAAUGGGGAGCUGCUCUUCUUCCGGCAGCGGGAGGGGCCCUUCUACCCGACUCUGCGGCUGCUGCACAAGUACCCCUUCAUCCUGCCGCAGCAGCGCGUGGACAAGGGCGCCAUCAAGUUCGUGCUCAGCGGCGCCAACAUCAUGUGCCCCGGCCUGACUUCCCCGGGCGCGCGCCUCUACCCGGCCGCCGCAGACACGGUGGUGGCCAUCAUGGCCGAGGGCAAGCAGCACGCGCUCUGCGUGGGCGUCAUGAAGAUGUCGGCCGAGGACAUCGAGCGGGUCAACAAGGGCAUCGGCAUCGAGAACAUCCACUACCUGAACGACGGCCUCUGGCACAUGAAGACCUACAAGUGAUGGCCUGGUGGCGGCUGCGGCAGCGGCAGAGCCGCGGGGGCGCCCUCGGAGGGGCCAAGGG